AAGUCAAAAAGAGUGUGAGGUCCAACGGCAAGUGCCAGCAUGCUAUGAAAUAGUGCCCCUGUCCCUAAAGAAGAAGAUGGCUGCAGAGCUUUACCCUGCCAGUGCUAACACCAAUAUUGCAAACAGUAAUAACGCUGCUGCUGCUGCCACUGUUGCUGCCAAUAGCAAGAAAAACGCCCUUCAGCUUCAGCAGAGUGCCCAGCCGCCGCCACCACCACAACUGCAAAACCUGAACAACAACAAUUUGGAGAGCUCCAACUGGCAAUCCUUCCACCCCACCCUGCGGGAGAGGAACGCAUUGAUGUUCAAUAACGAACUUAUGGCUGAUGUACAUUUUAUUGUAGGCCCCCUGGGGGCAUCAAAGAAAGUUCCUGCCCAUAAGGUUGUUUUGGCAGUUGGUAGCUCUGUCUUCUAUGCUAUGUUUUAUGGUGAUCUUGCAGAGGUCAGAUCUGAAAUCCAUAUACCAGAUGUGGAACCUGCAGCCUUUCUAAUCUUAUUAAAGUAUAUGUAUAGUGAUGAGAUUGACGAAGCUGACACAGUGCUUGCUACUUUGUAUGCUGCCAAGAAGUAUAUCGUCCCAGCCUUAGCAAAGGCUUGCGUCAAUUUUCUGGAGACUAGUUUAGAGGCUAAAAAUGCUUGUGUUCUGCUGUCUCAGAGCAGACUCUUUGAGGAGCCAGAAUUGACGCAGCGCUGCUGGGAAGUAAUUGAUGCUCAAGCAGAAAUGGCAUUGAAGUCAGAAGGCUUCUGUGAAAUUGAUCAACAAACAUUAGAGAUCAUUGUAACCAGGGAAGCACUAAACACUAAGGAGGUGGUAGUUUUUGAGGCUGUUCUUAAUUGGGCAGAGGCUGAAUGCAAAAGACAAGGGCUACCAAUUACACCAAGGAACAAGAGGAAUGUAUUAGGAAAAGCUUUAUAUUUGGUGCGGAUUCCAACUAUGACUUUGGAGGAGUUUGCCAAUGGAGCUGCUCAAUCUGACAUCCUUACCCUUGAGGAAACGCAUAAUAUAUUCUUGUGGUAUACAGCUGCAAAUAAACCCAAGCUAGAAUUUCCACUGACAAAAAGGAAAGGACUUGUACCUCAAAGAUGCCAUCGAUUUCAAUCCUCUGCAUAUCGUAGUAACCAAUGGAGGUACAGAGGUCGCUGUGACAGUAUUCAAUUUGCUGUAGAUAAAAGGAUAUUCAUAGCCGGACUAGGCUUGUAUGGGUCAAGCUGUGGUAAAGCUGAAUACAGCGUCAAAAUUGAACUUAAGCGUCUAGGAAUUGUUCUUGCUCAAAACCUGACAAAGUUCACCUCUGAUGGAUCCAGUAAUACUUUCUCUGUGUGGUUUGAACACCCUGUGCAGGUUGAGCAAGACACAUUUUACAAUGUAAGUGCCAUUCUUGAUGGCAAUGAACUUAGUUAUUUUGGGCAAGAGGGAAUGACUGAAGUACAAUGUGGAAAAGUAACAUUCCAAUUCCAGUGCUCCUCAGAUAGUACCAAUGGAACUGGAGUACAAGGAGGACAAAUACCUGAACUCAUUUUCUAUGCAUGAUGCAUUUCACUUUGAUUGUAUUCCACACUAAAGGAUGUUUUGAUUACUACAAAACUCUACAGCAGUGUGGAAUGUUACACUACUUCCUUAUCUAUUACAUCCGGCUAUCAAAAUAAGUGAAGGAAUGCUCUUGAAUUUAAUCUUAUUUUAUUUAUUCAUAAGAUAUUUGACUUAAUUAAAACUGCAACAUGCAGAAAAAUGUUAAUUCUGCACGUAUUGUGCAUUUAUUUUGUAUAUAGAUAACUAACUUGCAGACUGCAGCUGAUUCAAGCAGGAUGUUCUAAACUAGAGCAAUUUAUGAAUCUGUGAAAUAGAACACAUUUUUACUUGCCCUAAAACCUGUGUACUUGAUCAUUGCUGAUUUUAUGGCUAGUAUCCAUGUUAAUAUAUCUGUAGUACAGUUUUAGUGGUGGGACUCCUAAGAAAAUGAUAAACAGAACAUUCAGACUACUGUGUUUGUCUAUAAAAGGCAUAACUAUCAGCACAAAUAUAGAGAUUGCUUUGCAAGGUAACUAAAGCUCUCCACAAACAGGCAGACUAUACCGUUUCUUCCCCUCUCUGAGGUAAUGUAUAAGGGAGCACCGUCUUCUUAAACUUCCGUGAUAAAGCAGAAAGGUUUGAGCGACAGUAAAGUGAUUUAAAAACA